ACUUCAUAGCAAUGGUGAAGUGCUCACACGGUUUUCCUGAAAACCAGAGGGCAGAACUGCUUGUUCUACUUUUCAGUCUUGUUUUACCCAUGGGCUGCACUUCCAGCCAAGCAAUUAUCAAGGAAUCGGCAUCCAAGAAUCGGCAUCAUGACAGAGAAACCCCAAACCAGGCUAGAGAGAAAAUAUUUCUUGACACAGAUAGCCUCGCCUCACAAGGUGAGUCAACAGCUGCAGAUGAUUCCUGUGGAAGAGGCUUGCCAGAAGAUGGAAUGAAGGGAUCCCAGUCCAUUAAAGAAGAGACCAAAAGUCAACAUAUGGGUGCCAUUAAAUCACUGAGCAAGCUAGAAACAGAAAGACAGACGUCAUCAGACAUUUUGGAAGAACUUCGGAUGCAAGGAAUAAUCAAGACUUCAUGUCCGACCACUAAAAACAGAACUGCAGAUGAUGCCAUGCUGGUACCUGCAGAAAGGACAAUACAAAAACCACCAGCCAAACUGGAAAAGCUAGAACUGAAACAGAAGAAAUUGCAUGCUUUAUCAAUAGAACACCCUGAAAAUAAGACAAGAGAAGAGCAACUGAAAAAGGAAUUGCUGACUGAUAGAUCAUCACCAAUAAUUCCUCCUGAAAAGAGAGUGCAGAUAGGCAGUUCUAUAAUUACAACAACUCCCACUAGUUUUCAAUUGCCACCCUUAAGCGUGGGGACAGAAACUUGGACAGAGAAGGAAGAACUGGAUGAAAAUAUAAACAAUGGUUUUGAGGAUUUUACAAUGGUGGAAUCAGACAUAACUUAUAAUACAAUUCAUGGAGUAUUUUAAUCACCAACAUUUGUAUGAAACAUUUUGAUCUCUAACCAAUUUAAUUUAAUACUGUUGCUACCAAUAAAGGCUGCU